AUGGCACACAUCGAACCCACCAGCUGGGACGUGAACCUCGAAGACUUCGAUCCGAACUACGAUCCAACGUACGACCUCGAGUGCAACUGUCCCAUGUGCAGGACGCGUACUGCCGCAACUCCGGAUAACGCGUUGGCAAGACAGUUGGAACAGAAAUAUCCUAUUGUGUAUGCCGAAAGGCGCAUGGAAGAGGAAGAGGAGAGAGGGUCGCGCAUUGGGCGUGAUGGCUUUGAGGGCGUCAUGAUGCUCAUAGGGAAUAAGCAUAGCCUUAUUAGGAAUGCUGGUGACGAUAACGAGCAUGACUGGACGUUCUUUGUGCGCACGUCGAGGCCGGAUUUGGUUAAGGAGCAUCCUACAUUCCGACGAUCCCACGUCAUUAUCCGAAAACCACCUUAUGAGUACAAAGCUCGAGGCUGGGGAACCUUCGUCAUUCGUACCGAGAUCGUACUCAAGCAGCCGUAUAAUUGGAUUAUGGAUAAUGCUGGCACCCGGCAGCAGGCUCUCGAGCUGGAAUGGCCCCUCAACUUUGAACGGGAAGGCAGGCAGGGUAGAGUGAGAGCCAAAGUGAACAGACUUGAUGCUGCAGCCAACAGCACCGGUCGCGUGUUACGGUCCAGGCAUCCACCUCCAAGUGCACCCGUUCCGGAUGAUGACGAUGACGAGCUAGACGACGAUUACGAGGCCACCCAAGACGAAGACGAAGACGACGAUGAGAGCUCAUCAGAUGAGGACUUUGAAGAAGGAGCCAGUGAAUAUGUUGAACCUUCACGAAGAUAG